AUGUUUAAAUUUUUAACUAUUUACAUUAUUAUAAAGUAUUAUUUAUAGUUUAAAUAAAUAUUUUAAUCAUAGUCUAAUCCUAAUUCAAAUUUUCUAAUUCUUAAUUGUUUUUAAUACUUGGGUACUUACCAUGAAACUAACCUCACUUUUAUAUUUACCGCCAAUAGAUAGAGUUCAUCAAUAUAUUUAUGAAUUAUGGCAUUUGUUCUUAGUUCUCCUGAUCUGAAUAAUCUGAAUCCGACUCUGAAUUUCUGAUAUAUUAUUCAUUACAAUAUUGGGCAUAUUAAAUACUAUUUUAUUUUAAUAUAUAAAAAUUAAGAAACUAUUUAUUACAUUAAAUAUCUAAGUUUUGUAUAACUUUAUUCAAACAUGAACUCUAAUAAUAUGAACAACGAUGGAAUUAAUUUUUCAACAUUUGAUACAAGCACAUAUCAUUCAAAAUUUUAUGGUAAUGUAAAUGAAGAUAUGAACUCAUCAACUUCCAGUAAUAACCAGUUAUAUUCAGUAAAUAAAUUGCCAGAAAAAUAUAGACAUAUAUUUUCAAAUUAUACAUAUUUCAAUAAAAUACAGACAAAAGCAAUCAACGCUAUUUUCAAUACUGAUAAAUCAGUCGUUGUGUCUUCGCCUACUGGAUCCGGAAAAACAGUUAUUUUUGAAUUAGCUAUAAUACAUUUUUUAGAGACAAUUGGGAAGUUAUCUAAUAAUUUACAAAAUUUCAAAAUAAUUUACGUGGCUCCAAUAAAAGCAUUGUGUUCCGAACGCUAUGAAGAUUGGAAAAAUAAAUUUACAAUUCAUGGACUUAAAUGUAUUGAAAUAACUGGUGAUAAUGAAGUUACCGAUUAUGUAUCAUUAAUUUCUAGUUAUCAAUUAAUAAUAACUACUCCGGAAAAAUGGGAUUCGUUGACUAAAAAAUAUAAAGAAUUUAAAUAUCAAAUAUACACGGUCAAACUUUUUUUGAUCGACGAAGUCCAUUUAAUAAAUGAUGGAAUUCGUGGCGCUAUAUUAGAAACUGUUGUCAGUCGGAUGAAAAUUAUUCCAAAAAUUUCAAAAGUAAAUGAUUUUACAUUACGUUUUGUUGCUGUAUCUGCUACAAUAACAAAUAUUGAAGAUAUUGCAAAAUGGUUAACUAACGAUCAAAAUUGUCCUGCCCAUUACUUACAAAGUACUGAAGACGAAAGACCCGUGAAAUUACAAAAAAUUGUGUUAGGUUAUAACUGCAAGACGAAUAAUUUCAAAUUUGACUUUGGCCUUACUUAUAAACUUAAACCUUUAAUAAGACAGUAUUCAAAUGGGCGACCAACCUUAAUAUUUUGUUCUACAAGGAAAAGUGUAGAAUUUACUUGUAGUAUAUUAGUGAAAGAAGUUACAAUUUCAUUAUCUGUUGACAAACAAAGUUAUAUCAAUGAAUUGUCAAAAGAAAUUAAUAACAACAAAAUUAAAGAAAUGUUCAAAUUUGGCAUUGGUUGUCACCACUCUGGCAUGUCUAUUCAAGAAAGAAGUGUCGUUGAAAGAUUGUUUCGUAUUGGAUGCCUAAACAUACUUAUUGCUACUAGUACUUUAGCAAUGGCAGUUAAUUUACCAGCUUAUUUAGUUAUAAUUAAAUCUACUGAAUAUUAUUCAUUUAAUUGCUAUAAAGAAUACAACGAAUGUCAGGUAUUACAAAUGGUUGGGAGAGCUGGAAGACCUCAAUUAGAUAGUUCUGCUACUGCUAUCAUUAUGACGAAAAUAUCAAUGAAGAGUCGGUACGAAGAAAUAUUGAUGGGCAAUCAAUUUAUGGAGAGUCAUCUCCAUAAAUACUUGAUUGAACACAUGAAUGCAGAGAUAUUUUUGGGUACGAUCUACAAUGUUAAGGAUGCAAUGGAUUGGAUAAGAUCAACGUUUUUGUAUGUCCGAGCAUGUAAAUCACCUCAAAAUUACGGAAUGAUCAAGACUCUUAAUGUCCAAGAAGUAGAAAAUAGACUACAAAAUUUGUGUAUAGCGGAAAUCAAAGAAUUAGCACGUACUGGAUUAAUUAAUUUUAUCGAUGGAAAUAAUGAAAUAAUUUCAAAACCAGAAUGUGAAAUAAUGGCUAAGUAUUCAAUAAGCUAUGCAACAAUGAACAACUUUAUGCAAUUAAAAGGAACUGAGAACUUAAAUGAUAUGAUACAAUUAUUGUCUCAUUCUAAAGAAUUCGAGUACAUCAAACUGAGAAGAACCGAAAAGGGAAUUUUAAAUAUUUUAAAUAAAAAUAAAUUACCAGGCGCAGAUGUUUUACGAUUUCCCAUCGAAGAAGGAAUAAAUACUCGAGAAACUAAAAUUAAUUGUCUUUUACAAGCGACUUUGGGGACGUUAAAAAUUACGGACAGUUCACUAGCACAAGACGCGAAUAAAAUAAUUUUAAUUUCUACGCGAUUGACUAAAGCCUUAAGAGAAAUUAUGUUUCAAGGUAGAAAAUUCGAGAUUGCUCGAGUCGCGUGCAUUUUGGCAAAAUGCGUGACAACAAAAUUAUGGGAGCAAUCAAAGUUUGUUUCAAAACUUAUACCAAGAGUAGGACAAGUAUUAUCACAAGAUUUUGUCUUAAAUGGAAAAACAACAUUGAAAUCAAUUAGGGAUACAGAUCCUAGAGAUUUAGAACGGUUCCUUAAGCGACAGCCACCAUUUGGAAACCAUAUACACAACUUUAUUCGACAAAUUCCAAUGUAUAAAGUGCGUACAACUUUUGAUGAAUUUUCAGAAUUAGUUACCGUAACACUCAUUUUAAUUGACCACGAUAAUAUUUCGUCAAACGCACUAUUUCAAACUGUAUCGGUUUUAGUGGGUGAUUCUGAAAAUCGUCUGCUAAAAGUUCAACAAAUACGUAAUGAACAAUUUUUGGAACAAAGGGGAGUCAUAAAUAUGACUACACCUUUACAAAAUAAUUUUUUUUCGGAUAAACUCAACUAUGAAAUUACUAUUUGUGUAAUAAGUGACUAUUGGGUAGGAAUUGAUAUUGAGAUUAAGUUUAAACCAAGCAAUCACGAAGAACAUGUCAAAGAAUCAAUGAGUAAAGAUAAUUGUAAUGACGAAUCACCAUUGAAAAAUGUCCUCUCUCCUCCACCAAAAAAAAAGCGAACUUCGAAAGUAGUGAAACAAGGCAAUAAAAACAAAACACAGUUAAAUAUUAAAAAAUAUUUACAUAAUAUUACCUCGAAAGAUCAAGACCCUAAAGUCAUGAAUAAACCGCGUGUGGAAGAGGAUAUAAAUACUGAUGUAAAGCGUUGGGCCAAUGAAAGUAGUGUUGCAACACGGAGAAUUACAGGCGAAAUGUUCAAAACAAAAACUUAUUUCCAAAACAGUGGUCAGUCAAAUGAAUAUUUUAAAUUCGACAAAGACGAUUCAAAUAAUUAUUUUUGUUACGAUGAGUUAAAAAAUGACGACGUAUUCGGUGAUUUAUUCGUACCUGAAGAUAAUAAUCAUGUCAUCUAAGCAUUUGAUUCGGCGAUAGAGAAGUGUUGUUUCAGAGAAAGUAUAAUUCAAAAAAAUAAUAAUUUAAAAAAUAAAAUUAUGACUGAAGUUAUUGAACCCACGCAAACGAGAUACCCAAUAAAAGACAGUUAUUUAAAUGAGAAAUUGAAAUAUAAAAACUUGACAAUAGUAGAAAAAGUGGACGACGUUAAAUCGAUGGUAGGUGUGUGUCUUCCAGAAUUUAAUCAAAUCACAUGUGAAAAUAUAAAUCGAUACAAAGGAGAAGAUCAAUUAUUGGCAAACAAAGAAAAUGUCAAUCCUUAUAAAUUGAAGAAAUAUUGUACAAAAAAACGCCUUUCGUUCGAUGUUAUACAAAAAUAUCACGUCGAGAGUAAACAUGAAAUCUCAUCCUCAGGAUUUGAUGCAAAACAGAGACAUUUUGCGGAUUUACAUAGUACAAAUAAAAAUCGUUGCUUGUUCUCUUCAAGGAUAUCGAGGACGACGACGACGACGAGAAGUCAGUUGGAUGUUGCAUUUGAACGGAUAUCCGAACAGAAUUUCUCGACAGUAAAUAUUGAACCCGUAAUUCCGGAUGCGGUCAUAGGUCGAUUGUCUCGCCUAAUAAAAAACAACUUGAAGGCUCCGUCUGAUUUUCGGGUUCACCGGGACACGGAAAAUCUGCCCGAAGUAGCUGAAUUUCGUUGCAGGAAAUACUCAGCAAAUACCUCUAUUCCGGUCGAUAGUAGUAGCGCACAGCAAACGAAGUCGGUAUUUGGAGUUAUCAAAUCACCAACGGCCAGGACGUCCAGAUGCAAUCUUGGCGGUAAAACGACCCUAGACAAGUAUUUUCGAGCAGUAAAAACUUCGCUUCGGUUACGGGAUCUAAAUCCCGGAAAGCUUUCCGUAGCAGUAUCAGACGUUUCGGUGAAAAUUACUGAUAAAAGACUGUUUUACAGCCCAGCAGUGCAGCAAAGGACAGACAUUAAAGACGAUAAACUGUUGUUCACUAAGCAUUUAGUCGACCACAAUAAUUCAGAAGAGUUGUGUGAGACCGGUACCAGACAGUGUUUACGUUACUAUUCCCCGACGACUUCUAAGGACUUGGGAAAAUAACACCCUACUCGCAAUAGGAUUCAUAUAGUAAUAUAAUAUUCAAUGUAUUUUAAUAAUACAAUAUAGUAAUUAUAUAAGUAUCGUGUAAUGUACCUGAAACUCGUGCACGAAGCUUUACCAACAGGUCAUUUGUUUUAUUGUUUAUUAACAUAAUAACUUUUAAAAUUAACUCAUUCUUAUUCUUUUUUAAAUUGCAAGCCUUUUUUUCAAGUUUUAAAAUUUCCAUAUUCUUUUAAAAUUACCAGAAAUAAUUAUGUUAUAAAAUCAAUAUAAAAAUGGUUUUUAAUUUAUUGUGUACAAAGGGUAUACUACGUAAACCUUGGCGUUAGUGUAUAAAUAAAUUUACUGUAUUUAUCUUAUAAUAUUUUAAUUAGUGCAUAAAUACUAGAUAAGCAUACAAAAAGUGUGUUAUAAAUGAACAACUAAAUAUAUUAUAUAAUAUAUGUUUUUA